UAUCUGUUUGUACAGUCUGGAUUGACAGACGUCUUCCCCACUGAAACAGUGACUCUGAGAUGUGUAAUUCAGGGCAGCUCUACAAAGUGGAUGUAUAAAUGGUACAGAGAUGGACUGGAGCUUCCUGUAGACAAGGCUGACUCCAGCAGUGUAAAUGGAGACACAUACACAAUCCUCUCUGCUGAUCAGUCACAUGCUGGACUGUACACCUGCAGAGGAGAACUUACAAGGACAGCAUCUGUGCACUCUCUGAUUGGCAACUCUGCCGCAUUGACUGUACGAGCUCUGCCUCAGGCGGUAGUGACCUUGGAUGAAGGAUGGAUGGGGGUCUUCAUCACUAAAGGCACUCUAGCAAUGAGGUGUGAGCUUCAGGGCUUAACUUCUGCUGACUGGAACUACACGUGGUACAGAGACGGAACACAGAUCUCACUAAACCACACUGGACAGAGGCACACAGUGGGAUUCUGGGAUAGCUCCUCUGAUGGUGAAUAUAGAUGUAGUGGGAACAGGACAGACAGACCGUACUACUCCCUCAUCAGUGAAGGCUUCAUGCCAAGCCAUAACAUUUACCGUGCUGUGGAGAAUGUGGUUCGGAUCUGUGUGGGCGUGGCAGUCCUCCUCUUUCUGUCAAUCAUUGUGAAUCCAGCCUUCUGGAGAUGGGUAUCACGCCGGAAAGUGGUACACAGUGGGGAGGAACUGGCUGAACAAACUGACCAUACCUGACCACACAGCGUGGCAUGAGUUUAUUUUCAUUAUUGCUUUGCUAAACAUUACAUGACAUAUUGUAUCAUUUAUUAAAGUAGACUUGCUAAAAAUAUAUAUAAAAAUGUGCAUCUUACGGGCUUGAAGGCUUAAUGUAAUAUCUGGCGAAACAUGGCUUUGAAAUACAGGAGUUUUUUUCAUGAAUUGCCAUUAGGGAUAGUUUGCACUCUUACGCAGCCCUGGUCAUCGCAUUACUUCUAAUCAGUGUCAUUCUGCAUGUCAUUCUUCGCGUAGGGCAGGGUACACCAUGGUACUUAACCUGCAUUGCUUCAAUAUAUAUCCAGCUAUAUAAAUUGAUACUAUGUUAAUGGAUGCAAUGUAAAUAUUGUGAAAGAAGCUCAAGAUAAGAGUGUCUGUUAAAUGGCUGUAAUGUAAAUUGGGAAACUUGUGUAACUGGAGAGCACUUUUUUUUUUUGCAUUACCUUCAUUAUUUAUAAAUAGAACACAUAAGCACAUCCUUACUUAGCAUUUACAUUGUAUCCAGUUAUACAGCUGGAUACAUGCAGGUUAAGUACCUUGCUCAAGGGUACAGCAGCGGUGUCUGUUACAUUCCCUUGAUUUGGAGUCUGCAUGUCUUAAUCCUGCAGGUGGAGCUGAUUGGGGUUUGAUUGCUUGACGAUGCACACCUGUGUCCUAACAGUCAACUGGAUAAAGCCUGAAGACACCUCGGUUGAAGGGGGCUUUUAAAAAUGGUUUGUUGUAGAGAUUUCACACAUUUUUAGAUAGUUAGGCCAGAAAGUCAACUGUGGUUUCUUUUAGAUGAAGAGUAGCCUAGCUGUCUGUUUUCUGCCUGAACCCUCCUGUUUAGCCUACAUAUGGUAAUGUGUUCUGUUUUGUUGU